CAUUGUUACUUGGAUAAAUAAAAAGUCUGCAGUUUUCCUGUCUUCAAGUCUGCCAUCAUUUUUCCCAUUAACACAACUCCAAGAUCCAACAAAAGUGAAAUAAAAAGGACUGUGAAAGCCAACGCUUCUUCCUUUUCACUUAUCUGGCACCGAAACCCGAAAGAUAGGAUCGUAUUAGAAAUAAUCUCUACCACAGACCCAGAACAGUAUCACCAUGGGACGAUGUUUCGGAUGUAAAAAACGUUCCUCGACAAUAGUGACAUUUGUGAUCGGGACAUUUGCUGUGAUUUCUUUACUAUAUUCGAUAUCCAAUCAGAGAAAACUUGAGUUGAAUUCAGUGAUUGGCAUCGAAAAGCGAGGAGAAGAAUCACACUUGCAAGAUACUGAACCAUUCGAUGCAGAAUUCAUAAAAAAUUCUGAAAAUGGAGAAUUCACUGGAAAAAGGAGCAACCCCUCAACAAGUGUUGAAUCUCAACGGAACCCGAUAUCAAAAGUGUACAGGCAUGAAGAAUCUUUCAAUAUUUCUAUGCAACAACUGUACACAAGACUGGAGCAAGAAGUUUACAACAUUCCAAUCAAAUACUGGAAAACGGUGGAAUCCAAACUUUCCAAAAUGAACCUGCGUCCAGGCUGUGCUCAAAUGCCCAACAUUUUCGAACUGUCUUUCGACAACUCACUUUGGCAAUUAUUUGAAGCCACAAACGCAACUUUCUACAUUUAUUCAGCUCACUUGGACAACAGAGCUCUGGUGCCAAAUGCCACCAUCAGAAUCUUGAGCAUGACCCAUGUCUUGAACCCAAGACAAAAUGCCUUUUGUCAGCUCUGGUACGAAGGUACCACAAACCCAGUCAUAGUCCCGGUCAUGAAUUACAACCAUAUGUGGGGAUCACGCUUGGGAACUUCGCAGAAACUGCAGCCUUACAUGAUUGAGUGCCAAUUGCCAUUACUUGACGGAAGUCAAGCAGCUCCGGUUGCUGUUUCAGUUGUUGAGCAAGAAUGUGACAUAGCGUUGAAUUUGAUCAAAGUUGUCUACAAUCCUCGAGAGCCCAGAAAAAAUCAGACACUUGCUGUUUGUGUCAAAAGGUUUCAUCACGUUCACGACGAACCGGUUUUUAAUAUGAUUGAAUAUUUGGAAUUGGUUCGGAUUUUGGGAGCGGAAAAGGUUUACAUUUACAUCCUAGAACCUCAACCCAACCCAAAGAUUGAACGUAUCAUCAAAUACUACGAAGUUCAGGGCUUCUUGGAGGUAUCCAGGAUCACGAUCCCAGGAAAGCGACCCAACUCACCCAUUCUCCGCCAUUUGUACCUCGACCAUUACAGACACUUGGAAUGGAUCCUCGAGCUUAUUCCUGCAGACGACUGCCUUCUCAAAAACCUCCACCGACAUGACCUCUUGGCAAUGACUGACUUUGACGAGGGGCAGUCGGAAUGGAAUCCCGAAAUUCCGGAACGCAUGACUUGGCUCAACAAUGUUAAGCGGUUUGUUCAGAUUUCAAAGCCUGGGACCCUGCUCAAAACUUUCAUGAAUACUUCGGAUGUGUUGAAGGCACAUAGUCAUGCCGCACUGGAUUGUGUGGGAAACAAGUGUCACGUUUGUCAUGUGCCUGUUACUAUAGGCGUUUCACAUCAUUACAAAUCAGUGGGAGAUGGGCAAAUGAAAAUGCAACCCGACCCAAAAAACUUUUCCACCGUGGAGGACUUGAGGUUGUGGCAUUUCAAAGAGGAAUUGAUACCCAGGUACCAACAGGCUGUCAGUGAUUUGGGAUUCGAUUUGCUUUGA